AUGCACCCAGCACUAUGUGAUGCGUCUGAAAGCACUUUUGUGCAAUCACAGUCUGUAGUUAGCAUCUCUAUAGUUAAUGACCGUCCGAGCGUGGCGAAGAGUCACACUCUUCAUGAUGUAACCCUACUUUGCAUAUCUAUCUAUCUAUCUAUCUAUCUAUCUAUCUAUCUAUCUAUCUAUCUAUCUAUCUAUCCAAAAAUACUUUUACAAACUUUUAGGUUUGUUUCAAUUUCUUUUCCUUUUCUCUCUCCUACUCGUCUUUGUUUAUUUCUUUCGUUCUUCCUUCUACACAUGCUUUCUCUCUCUUUUCUUUUAUUUUCUUUCUUUCUUUCUUUCUUUCUUUCUUUCUUUCUUUCUUGUACAUUUAUAUCACUCGCUCGUAUUCUACCUUGCGAUUCAUUAUCAUUAUUUUCUUUAUAUUUUUGUUCUUCUUUCUUUACAAUUUAUUUCAUAUUCAUACUUAUUUUUCUCUUCUACUUGACUUUCUUUCUUUCUUUCUUUCUUUCUUUCUUUCUUUCUUUCUUUCUUUCUUACAGUUAUUCACUCUCUUCUUUUUCUCUCAUAUUUGUCUCCUUUUCAACGUUCCGUUAA